AUGCACCGGAGAUUCCGAGUGAGAUGUCCAAACUUUUACAGGAUUUCCAGGAUGUGUUUCCAGAUGAUUGCCCAAGGAUUGCCACCAGUCAGAGGCAUUGAGCAUCAAAUAGACUUUGUUCCUGGAUCCACACUUCCAAACCGUCCAGCAUACAGAACCAAUCCUGUUGAAACCAAAGAACUCCAGCGCCAAAUUGAUGAGCUUAUGGACAAGGGUCACAUCCGGGAAAGCAUGAGUCCUUGUGCUGUUCCUGUUCUUCUUGUGCCCAAGAAAGAUGGGAGUUGGCGCAUGUGUGUGGAUUGCAGAGCCAUCAACAAUAUCACUGUAAAGUAUCGACAUCCUAUCCCUAGACUUGAUGAUAUGCUUGAUGAGUUGCAUGGUUCUAGCAUUUUCUCUAAAAUUGAUUUAAAAAGUGGUUAUCAUCAGAUUAGGAUGAAAGAAGAUAAUGUGGUUUUUCUAGGCUUUGUUGUGAGUGCAGAUGGAGUCAAGGUGGAUGAAGAGAAAGUUGCUGCAUCAGAGAAUGGCCAAUACCUUGGCCGCACCUUGACUGAAGUCAUCAAGAAAGAAGUUGGAUUCAAGUGGGAGAAAGCACAGGAGGAUGCUUUCCAAGCUCUCAAGGAUCGCUUGACUAAUGCCCCUGUUCUUAUUUUACCUGACUUCUUGAAAACUUUUGAGAUUGAGUGUGAUGCUUCAGGUAUUGGCAUAGGAGCUGUCUUGAUGCAGGAUAAGAAGCCAAUUGCUUUCUUUAGUGAAAAGCUUGGAGGAGCCACUCUCAACUAUCCAACCUAUGACAAAGAACUCUAUGCCUUGGUCCGCGCCUGCAAACUUGGCAACACUAUCUCUGGCCAAAGGAGUUUGUCAUCCACACAGACCAUGAAUCUCUCAAACAUCUCAAGGGCCAAAAAGCUCAACAAAAGGCAUGCCAGGUGGGUUGAAUUCAUUGAGACAUUCCCAUAUGUCAUCAAGUACAAAAAAGGUAAGGACAAUGUUGUAGCCGACGCAUUGUCCAGGAGGGAAGCACAUGGAGGAGGCUUGAUGGGACACUUUGGUGUGGCCAAAACACUUCAAGUCAUGCGUGAUCAUUUUCAUUGGCCGCACAUGAUCAGAGAUGUGGAGAGGAUUUGUUCUAGAUGUGCAACUUGUAAACAAUCCAAAUCUAAGGUUCAACCUCACGGUUUGUACACUCCUCUCCCUAUUCCAUCUCAUCCCUGGACUGAUAUAUCCAUGGAUUUUGUGCUUGGAUUGCCUAGGACUAGAACUGGAAAAGAUUCUAUCUUUGUGAUAGUUGAUAGAUUAAGCACAGAUGGAAAGCACAAGGCAGAGACAGUCAAGAAGAUCCAUGAGCAAGCCAGAAGGAACAUUGAGGCUAAAACCAAGCAGUAUGCUCAACAUGCCAACAAGGGCCGAAAGGAAUGUCUUUGA